AGAAAAAAAAAGGGCCUCUUUUCCACACGACUGGACACGCUAAGACUAGCUUGACGGUUUUCCAUUCCCUCCCCAGCGAUUCGGCAGCUUUCUCGACUUUAUCUAACCCAAGGUAGCUUUUUCUGAUUCUCCUCCCCCUCUCCUCGGAGCUCUCCAAGCUCUAAUCAAAUCAAUCAAUCAAUCAAAUCCAACUACUGUCCUCCCCGAGGCCAGAUUCCAGCGGGGCUGGAGGCUUGUGUCGCUUUAGGAAGUUCCAAGCAGAGAAAGCAAGAAGUUAUUAUUAUUUUAUUUCCAGCUGCUCAUAGCUAAAACUACUACUACCAUGCGCUCCACCCGCCGUUAUAUAGGCGUCUCUCGUCCGCCGUGAUUUAUUGUUAACUCUUGGAAUAAUUGAACUCAACACAUCAGACAUAUAUCCAAUAUGCCUGGCUGGAAGACCGCCCUCGUGGGCUUUCUGGCUCUGGCUGGCCCCGCCUUCUCUCACUCCCACCACGAUAACGACGAGACUGAGACUGUUCCCGAAGAUCGACGCGCCGAGCUGCUUCACAAAUGGGAGCAGGAGUGGCCCUUCUCCGGUGUUGCCAGCUUCGCUCACAUGAAGCCCGUCAAGUGCUUGAUAGAGCCGGAUGAACGCUACGAUAUCGCUAUUAUCGGAGCUCCGUUUGAUACGGCCGUCAGCUACAGACCUGGCGCCCGCUUCGGUCCCCGCGCCAUCCGCGCAGCCAGCGCUCGUCAAAUGCCCGGAACGAGCUACAAUGCUCGCGCUGGUAUCAAUCCCUAUCUCUCCUGGGCUACGCUGAAGGACUGCGGCGAUAUUCCCGUGACGCCAUUCGACAACGGCCUCGCUGAGCGUCAGAUGUACGAAGCCUUCCUCGAACUGGGCAGUCGUCCCGCCCUCACGCCAGCCGACUCCAAGUACGGCACCAAGGGCAUCUCGGCCGGUAAGCCCAAGCUUCUGACGCUGGGCGGAGACCACAGCAUUGCUCUACCGGCCCUGCGCGCCCUGUACCAGAUCUACCAGAAACCCAUCACGGUGCUGCAUUUCGACGCCCAUCUCGAUACAUGGAACCCCGUCCGCUACGCUUCGUACUGGCUCUCGGACCAAUCGCGCUUCAACCAUGGUAGUUUCUUCCACAUCGCCAGCACCGAGGGUUUGAUUUCCAACACUACCUCCGCUCACGGCGGCAUCCGGACGCGUCUCACCGGCGCCGAUGAUAGCGACUACACCAACCCUGGGCCUGAGCAGGGCUUCAUGCGCGUCCACGCCGACGAUAUCGAUGACCUGGGCCCGGCCGGUGUGGCUAAGAAGCUCGUUGACCGUAUCGGUCUCGACCCCGAGCAGCCUGUCUACCUCUCCGUGGACAUCGACGUGCUCGACCCCGGCACCGCCCCUGGCACAGGCACUCCCGAACCCGGCGGCUGGACCACGCGUGAAUUCAUCCGCAUCCUGCGCGGCAUCGAGAAGCUCAACAUCGUCGGCGCCGAUAUCGUCGAAGUCAGCCCUAGCUACGAUAACAUGGGCGAGACCACCGCUCUCGCUGCGGCCCAGGUUGCCUUCGAGAUCAUCACCACCAUGGUCAAGGCUGGUGUGGGUGAAGAUCUCGGUGGAUGGUACGGCAACAAGGACAGCGAUGUCGAGGUCGAAACGGAAUCGAAGAAGCAGCAGAAGACGGAAUCUUCCUCCAAGGAUGAGCUCUAAAUGAGCCAUUUGCAGACCUCUCUGUGUCUGCAUGGUUUCGUCUUUUUCUUUUCUUUCUUCUCCUUUCCAUCUUUUGCAUCUUGUUUUGAUUUCCUUUUUUCGGUGCUCGGAAUGAGUGAGAAGUGUGUACCAUAGCAUAGUACAGGAUAGCAUAGCAUGAGUGCAUGACCCCCUCUAGCGAAUGAAUGAAACGAUCAUAUCUCACUGAAACUUCCCACCAUCUGGUCGUAUCCGUCAUAGGACUAGGUUAGGACUGCUCAGGACUUGGUUCUUUUCUAUAAACUUCGGAAUAUCCGUAAUACGCGAAUAUCAUAUCAUACUCCACCAGC